AUGCCGACGCCUACGCCGUGCGCAACGCCCCGGCCGGCGCAACAGCUCCGGCGCCGGGGGCGGGGGGGGUGGCCAGACAGGGCGAGGGGAAGAGCGCGCGCGAGAGCGGGAGACAGCGCGAGACCCGAGGAGGCCGGAAGCGCGCGUGCGCGCCCCCGCCCGCGAGCGGGGAGGCGGAGCCGCAGCAGUAGCGGCAGCAGCUGUAGGAGCCGCUGCAGCUGGGAGAAGCGCCAGAGAGGCCGGGCCUGCUCCGGUCGGACCGGAUCCCUCCCCUCCCCCUCCCUCUCCGCUCCCCUCCCCCAAACCCACUUCCGCAGCUCGCAGCCUUGCCGCCGAAGAAGCAGCGGCGGUAGCAGCAGGAGGCGGCGGCGAGGCGAUUACGGAAGGAUUACGCACCUGACGGGCCGGCCUCUUGGGGCUCCAGCGCGGGACGCUCACCGGCAGCCGCCGCUCGGGACGCGCUUCGCGGUGGCGGCGGGAAGGGAGGGACCGGCGACGGGGAACGGAACGCGAAUCGCCCCCCUCCCCUUUCUCCCUCCCUCCUCCUCUCCGCCGCCCGCCCUCUCGGCUUCCGUCCCCUCCCCCUCGCGCAAAGCCCCGGAUGGAGCUGCUGCCGACUCGCCGCCGCCUGGCUCCGGGGGAUGGUUUUGUCAGGCGGCCAGAGCCCCGGCGCCAGGCGCAGCCGCCCCCGCCCCUGCGGGGCGCCCGUGCCCUCGCUUCCCAGAACCGGGUCCCCGUGUGGUCCGGGCCCUCCGCCUGCCUUCAGCUGAAGCCCCGGGACUGGGGUCAUUCGUCUUCUUUGUUGCCACCGUCGCUGCCGGAACCGUUUGCGAGCUCCGGUGGCCCCCGCCCCCCCCUUCGCUUUCCCUGAGCCCGGGCCGGGGGCGGCACGUGGGCACCGGCCCCGGGAGGAGGAGGCGGUGCGCGCUUACCUGUCGCCGGUGUCGCUGCGGCGGGGGGUGUGGAGGAGGCACCGCUGGGCAGCCUUGGCCGUGCUCUCCCCGCCGCCGCCGCCUCUGCUUCUCUCUGCUGCUGCUGCUGCUGCCGCCGCGGUCGGUGUCUCCGGCGCGGCGGCGGCGGCGGCGGCGGGGCUUUUCCUGUCCGGUUACGUUAAGGUCACAUGACCGAGAGAGCGGAGCGACUAGUGCAAAGAGGCUGAGAGCGGCUCCCGCCGGGGGGGAGAGGCGGCGAGAGAGCUGUGGCGGCAAGAGCCCCCUCCGCCCCCCCAGCCGCCUCCCCUCCCCCCGCCCGCCUCCGCCUCCUGCUGCUCUGCCGCCGCCGCAGCCGCCGCCGCCUGCAGCACUAAGUACGCUGCCGCUCCCACCCAGGCUCCGCGCUCUACUCCAGCCAAACUUCUGCAGACCAUGUGCAGCCGAGGCGAGGAAACUUCUCUCCACCUAUUGGGGCUGGAGGCUUGAGUCACAAGCCCCAUGUUUACAUGAAGUGUUAGGUAGGACAAUCCUGGAGAUGCUCGGGGAAGGGAUGGAGAAUUACUGCUUGGAUCCUUCUGCAAGCUUGUGCUUGACAUCUCUAGCCUAUAGCUUUGUCCCUCUGCUUCCCGUAUUAGCAUAAAUUUUAACCUUGAAAGACUUGAAAUGGAUUGGACUUGAGAACCAGGGAGAUAGUUGUGAAAUUACUAAUACUUUUUUUUACCGCCAGUGGUAAUUGAGAAGGCAUACUGGAGUAGACAUGCUUGUUGGUGCUGUGUGUAGAGGUAGAAGUGCUUCCUUACAGACCAGAUGAGUGUGAUGUAAGACGUUUCUGUUAGGAUUGAAUUUGGUGCUUAUUUCAGUAAUUGGGUUUUAGCUUAUGAAGCUUUGGUCCAGAAAAGUCGAAGUCUGCAAAGCGUGUUUGUUACUUACGAACAAUUUACUCUCCUUUUAAGCUUUGGUUUCUGAGAUAUUGUUAGAGUGGCUUCCAGAGUUGGCCAUUCUGUUAAAUUUAGAGGUCCUGAAACAUGGUAACAGGGCAAGCAUGGGGUUUAAUAUUCAUUGAUGGUCAUUCUUAACAUGUUAAAGUUUACUUUUGCGUCGUUGCCAUUUUGCUAGAAUUUUAUUUAUAUCUUUAGAAGUAUGAUUUAGUCCUUUGAGGAGUGCAUUUAACGAUUUGUUUUACAUAUCUAGGAUUUUGAAGACUUAAAAAAGAAUAUGGCUUGAUUUGUAAGAAAAUGGAGGCAGCAGUUCCUAGGCUACUCUGGUUUUAAAGCAUGCUAUCCUGGAUAUAAGCUCCUUGAUUUGAUGUGGAACCCAUUUUGGUUGACACAGCCAGACCUAAGCACAGUGCCCUGGCACGUAGUUCACAAAAUACUUAAGGCAAGUUUAUUAUCUUAAGACAGUUAAUUUAACAUACAGCAGUGUCCCUGCUAAAAAUCUGCGUGUGAUUCGGUAAUCCAGUCGUACCUGGGGCUACUGAUGACUAAUUCCUUCUUCUUUGAAGACAAAAUAAGCAGCUGUGUAACUUUAGUGGUCCAGAAGUGAGUAAUAGAUUUAGUACAUACCUGCCUUGAACUUUCUUGUUCUUUGAUCAGCUAGAUAAAUGACUUGUGAAUGGCUAAAUGUCUGCCUUGCAAAACCAAAUUCUGACCCUGCUAUAAGCAUUUCUGGUGCACUAUCACUAAAACAUCAAAGUUGGCCAUUAGACUGGCAUGCCAGUUUCCUUGGAUUUGCUUUACAGUUGAGAUCUGUUUCAUCUCAUUAGGAAACUAAAGUGAUUUUGAUUGGUAGACAUCGUUAGAGAUCUUUGGGUUCUUAAUUCUUUUAGACUUUGAACUUUCAAGUUUAUGGUCUGAUGAGUGCUUACAUGGAGAGUGAACUGAUUUAAGAGAAACCAAAGGAAAAACUGAGCAAAACUAAUGCUGAAGUUUUAGAUGAAGCCAUAGGGCAGAAACUUGGCUAUGUGUCCCAAGUAUUUGGCCUUGAGUCAGAGUAACUAUGCUUAUUCUUAAGAUCAACAAAUAUUUUCUCAGUACCGUACUCUAUAUUAUUGUAUAGAAAUAAACCCUGGGGUUAUUCCUGAAACUGAAUCUCUCUCCUAGAGAAAGUGCUGUCAGGAGCAUCCUAGUCUUUUCUUUUAGAGCUGCUGCUCUGGAAUUUAGAACUGGGGUGGCUUUGCUGCUAAUUCUUGGAAGGCAUAAUGAUGGAUACUUGGAUUUUGCCAAGUAUGCCAAUUAUUUUGAUUUUUAGUCACCAUCAUCAAGUAAAAGCAUUAUAAGGAGUGCUAUACAGACUAUAUCUGCUAUCUACAACUGGUUGAAGUAGAAACAUUUUGAUGGAUACAUAUGCAAAGGUUGGGGAGAAAACUUAGUUCUUGCAGAGAAUGGCUAGUAGUCUGUCCGGAUUGGGCCAAGGGAAGCUGUCAAUUAGUCUGGUUAUGGGAGAGCCACAAAUGCCCUGAGUUAAGUAAUAAGAAAAAGAAGUUAAGUCAUCUGUUUAGUGUUUGUGUACUGAUCUGUUUUUCAUUUUGAAAAUAAAUUCGGCAAAUUGGGAGUUCAAAAAUAGUUUCACACAUUUUACCUCAAAGAAAAUCUCAGUGCAAGCAAAUAAUCAAGUGGACUCAUCAGAAGUUACGUUAUGCAUAAAUAUUCUGCAGAGUCUUGUGUUGCUGAAAGUUUUGAUAUGUGUUAUGCUGAGGUACAACCAGAGAUAUAUGCACUUGCUUGUGUUCUGAAGAGGGAUAGUUCCAGGGAGACUUGGACAGUGGGCAGAAAGCAGUUUAACAGUACUGUACUUUGGGUUUUUUUUGGGGGGGGGAGUGGGCAAAAAUUUGUGUGCGCUCAGGUUGAAGAUGGAAUUUCCUUUAACACUGAUGAUGAAAGUAAUAGUAAGAGAAAGUAAUACAUGUGGGUACAUCCCAGAGCUUCUUCACUACAUAAUUUUUUGAAGAAUGUCUUACGGGUAAUUUCUUAAAUUGGGAGAACGACAUGCUUUUUUACAUGCUAGAUUUCUAAGUCUAGGGUAGAUGCCACACCUGUGUUUGCAAGCUUAACGUAUAAGUCAGAAAAGAUGUAUUUUGUGUGUCUUAGAUUUUGUUGCUUUUGUUAAAAAGUCUGUAGAAGAUGCUUAUUUUAUAGUUGAUUGUUACUGAGACUGUAUUCCUUCAAGGAUUCCCUGUACUUUAGCAAUUUUUUUUUGUUUGUUUUAAACCUAUUAGCGUAGGCAUGUGGGUUUAAAACUUUUCCUGUUGAGAUUCUAAAAAAAUAUAUUUUAUUAAAUGCUACCUGGUACACACAUAUAUGUAAAGUUGAAACAAAAUUUUCAGGAAAUAGUACUUGUUACUAUGGGUAUAUACUCUGCUAUCUUUUGUUUCAUUUUUUUUAAAAAAAUUAGCUGAUUGUGGUAUCUUAAAUUGAUUUCAUAAAUCACAAAUGGAUCAGGGUCCACAGUUUGCAAAAACUGGUAUUUCAGUUUUUAGUAUUAGUUGCUGUUACAAAUUAUCCCAACACUUAAGUGGUUUAAAACAGCGAACAUUUGUUUAUCUCUGAAUUUCUGUGGGUCAGGAAUCUGGAAGUAGCUUAGUUAGGUAGUUCUGGGUCAGGGUCUUUCAUGAGGUGUUUUUUAUGUCAAGAAGUUGACUGAGUUAGGAUCUGCUUCCAGGGCGGCUUACACUCCAGCGGGUUAGUAGUUCUCGGUUCUUCUCUCUGGGGCUGCUUGAGUGUCCUCACAACAUGGUGGUGGUUGGCUUCCCCCAGAGCAAGGGAUCCAAGCAAGAGCGAGGAGACAUCACCAUCCGCCACACGCUGUUAGUUAAAAGCAAGUUACUCAGUCCAGCCUGCAGCCAAGGGGAGAGGAAUUAAGCUCCAUGUCUUGAAGGGAAGAGUCUCAAAGAAUUUAUGACAUUUUAAUAACUACCACAGUUCUAUAUUUUUCCUGUUUAUGGAUGAAUUAGGAUUGAACCAGAAUUCUUGCUGAAGUCAAUCUGUAAGUAAUUAUCUUAGUUAAUUAAGUCAGUUUUUUCUCUGAGGGCAUUUAGUCACACUCCUUCCUCUAAAAUUUGAGAAGACAGGCUCAAAGAAGUUAGGUAAUUAACUAGCCAAGCCCAUUCAGUCUAGGAAAACGAAACAGAUUUUCUCUGACUUUUUGUCAUGAGAAAAUAAUAAUCUGUGUGCUGAUAGAGAUGAGAAAAUUGGCUGAUUUAAAAAAAAAAAUCUUUUCUGAAGAAGUUAUAGUGUGGGACUUUUGUUCUCUAGUCUUGCAGCUUGUAUUUUUACAUGAUCAUAGUUACAGUGUCAGUUUAUUUGGUCUCUGGAUAAUGCUUGACGUCUUUAUGAAUUUGCAGGCUCCUCAUACCAGCACCCCCGUCCCAACUGAUUUUUCGAGGAAAUGGAAAAUGUACUUAUUAAAUGAAUUUUAACUACUUUAUGGUUAGCUCCAUGUGCUGCCUAUAUUACUGACCCUGAGAUUGUACUGUAACUGUAAUUGUACUGUAACUCUUCCAAUUAGCACAUUUCCAGGACCUAAAAGAAGAUGUUACAACUAAAAGGUAAUCAGGGUGUGCGUGUAAAGAAAACUACACCAUGUUUUUCUGCUGUGAAGUUUUCAUGGAAACUUCAGAUCUAGAAGGCUUUGUUCUAAGCUUAGUUUUGGCUGACCGCUCCAAGGAGUGGGGUGAGUCCCUGGCAUGGGUAGCGUGAGUGAGGCCAGGAUGAGUUACCAAGGCUCACCUUGAUUGUGGGUUGUUUUUUUUUUUUCCCAUUAGGCUUUUCUGAGUAAUAGGUGGGGAUACAGUAAAUCGUCUUACACUUCUGCUGUUACAGAAUUGGAUAAUGGCUGCUUUUUUCUUAGACUGUUUUCUAGUUUAUCUUACCACCAGGACACCUGACAGUUCUAUUCUGCCCUAAAGCACUGAUUGUACUUACUUAUGUAAUUACUUUUCUUGGUAUUUAUUUAUAUAUGUUGUAUCUCCUAUCCCCCUGUAAGAUCCCUACAGGGACUUACUUUCAUAUAUACUGCUGGUACUCAAGUACUUGAAGGACUGAAUUGAAUUUGUAGUUGAAGGACCGAAGAUGAUAAUUCUCCCACCACAACUGAAUGAAGAAAUGUUUAUUUUUGAAGAAAGCCUCUGGAUAUAUGUGGUAGGUGCAGCUGGUGUAUGUGUUAAUCACUAUCUCUGUUCUUGAGAUGCCCACAGUCCAGUGGGGGAGAACACAAUCAUAUACUUAAUACACAGUUUGUUCUAUACUACACGUGCAAAAUGGUGUGCUGGUACAAUGAAGUUGGUGUUAGAACUGAAUCUUGAAGGGUGAGUGGAUAAGAUGUGGUUUUGUGACAUGUUUGGGGGUUGUGCAUUUCUCAGCUUUACUCCAUUAUACAUCUACCUUGAAUUGUUUUACUGUUGGCAAGUGGCCAUCAUAGUUUGAUAAGUUGCUUCUUUCUGUGGCAUGCGUGCUCUUGGUAUAUUAUUUCUCUAGAACUGUGCUGGUCCAGUUCAGUAGCUCCUAGCCACAUGUGGCUAUGUAAGUUAAUGUCACACUAGCCACGCGUGCUUCAGUAUCCACAUGGGGCCAAAGGCUACCAUAUUAGAUGACACAGAUAUUGAACAUUUCUCUUGUCACAGAAAGUUCUGUUGGACAGUGCUGCUCCAGAGUCAGUCUGCACAUUUUCACAUUAUCUGUAGAGUGUUAAGUUAGGAAUAGAGUGAGAAAACUUAACGGCUUCCUGACAUUAGGAGAGACAAGCGUGGUUGGUGUUUAUGAGUAGAGGGCAGAGAGUAUAUAUUUACCGUGGUUAAGAAUAUAGGCUUUGGAGUCAGAUCUGGGUUGGAAUCAUACUCUGUCCCUUAAGCUGUUUGGCUUUGGGCAUGUUAUUUAACCUCUGAGCCUUAGUUUUUGUUUUGUUCAAAUAGGGAUAAUAUUUAUCUCACAGGGCUGUGUAUUAAAAAAGUGUAUGUUAAGGGGCUUAGCACAGUGCCUCAGUAAAUGACAGGAUCAUUAAUAUAUUUUUUAAAUAGUCACUGAUUUAAAGAAAUCUUUAGAGUUAUCUUAAAGUAAAACUAACUUUUUUUCCUUUUGGUGUACAGUUCUGUGAACUUGAAUAUAGGUGCACAUUUAUGUAACCCCAGUCAGGAUACAGGACAGCUCUGUCACUUCAGAAAACUCCCUCAUGCUGUCCUUUGGCAUGCUAUCCUCCUCCCACUCCUCUCCCUGGCAGCCAGUGACUCCUCCUCCAUCGCUUUUUGUCGUUUCCAGCAUAUGGUAUAUAAAUGGAAUCAUAUAAUAUGUAGUCUUUUGAGACUGGCUGCUUUCAGUCAGCUAAGUUGAGUGAAAGUCAUAAAAAGUUGUAACAUGUAUUAAUAGCACAACGGAUUUUUAAAGAUGUUAGUUGUGAAAUAUUAAACAAAAAAAGUCUGAAAUUUUGCUUAUAGAAUUGUGUGUCACUGGAGUUUUUAAUGUUUGAAAGUGAAAUUAAUGAUGAAAUAUAUAGGGGAAAACUACUUCCCCCAAUUGAUGACAGCUGUGUACGUAUCAACUUGUUUUUCUUUGUGAAGAUAGUUGAUCAUUGGUAGGAGAGGAUCCUGUUUUUAGUUUUAUUAAAGAUCUGUAGAGUUGCCAGCACAGUCCUGAUUUGAAAAAGGUGGUUGUUUAAACAUCAUUAAUUUCUAAAAAUGUGGUCUGAAGAUAACAGCUGGCUGCUUUGCCUAGACCUUCCCCAGCUUAACCCUGAAAGCCUGGCUGCUCCAGAAAAGCCCCCAGUGCCGGGAAACCCAGGAUCUAAAAGGGCCACUUGAAGGAAAUUGGAGGAUUCCAGUUCAUCAGAUUUCAUUAGUGAACCAUCAGAGAGGAAUCGUAGUUCCCCAGCCAGGGAUCAGACCCGUGCCCCCCUGCAGUGGAAGGUGAGGAGUCUGAACCACUGGACGAUCAGGGAAGUCCCAGGUCCAUACUUUUAUGUUAGCUAUAUAUAUAUAUAUAUAUAUAUAUUAUUUUUAUUUUUGGCUGCAUUGGGUCUUCGUUGCUGCGCAUGGGCUUUCUCUAGUUACUGUGAGUGGGGGCUGUUUGUUGUGGUGUGCGGGCUUCUCAUUGCAGUGGCUUCUCUCGUUGAGGAGCACGGGCUCUAGGCGUAUGGGCUUUAGUAGUUGUGGCACACGGGCUCAGUAGUUGUGGCUCGCGGGCUUAGUUGCUCUGCGGCAUGUGGGAUCUUUCUGGACUAGGGAUCGAACCCGUGUCCCCUGCAUUGGCAGGCGGAUUCUUAAUCGCUGCGCCACCAGGGAAGCCCUCAGACAUGUUUCUUAACUAAGGAUUCAAAGGGGAUCCUGGGGAUUUGAUUCAGCCUUCAUUUACUCUCAGAAUCAUAUAUGGGUUUUUACGCAGAUGGACUGUACUAACAGUUAACUCAUAACUUCACAUAUGUUAAUUCCAUUAAUCCUCACAGACAUUUUGUUCUGAGAGAAGCUGUGAUCUUGAAAAACUUUUAUGUUUGUAUUAUACCUAAAAUAAUUUUAAAAACUCUAUAUAUAGAGUUGAAGCUUUUAUCAUAAAUUUAAAUACUUGAAAAAUGUGUAAUUUCUGACAUAAGUAUUGAUAUUUUAAAAUAUUUAAAUUAUAUAUAAACAAUAAAAUAAUUUAUAUCUUUAAUAUAUCUUAGUGGAAUGUAAUACAAUAAGUUGAUGUCCACCGUGAUCCAUUUAAACAUAAGUAAACGAUUCAAGUGUUACCUUCCUUUUUCUUCUUGAAAACUGUAUUUGUUACAUUUCCCCCACAAAAUGUUAUCCUAAUAAAUUUUUAUGCUUUAAGGUCUCACUGUCUUUUUGUUCUUCGUUACGUAUUUGUGUAUAAGUUGAAAUGUUAAAUUUUAAUUUGCCAUGACCAUAAAGCACUAAAUGUUCAUGUUCUUUU